AUGCCGAGAUUUGUCGGCAUUAAUGCAUCUGACAUAAACUACUCGGCCGGUCGAUAUGAUGCAUCAGUUAAACCCCCAUUCGAUAUAGGUUUUGAAGGUGUCGGUGACGUGGUAGCAUUAGGCCUCAGUGCUAGUGCUGACUAUACUGUGGGUCAAGCUGUGGCCUACAUGAAAGCAGGUUCCUUUGCUGAAUACACAGUUGUGCCCGCCAAACAGGCAGUUCCUCUACCCUCUGUGAAACCCGAGUUUCUUACUUUAAUGGUAAGUGGCGCUACCGCAUACAUCAGUUUGAAAGAGCUGGGAGAGCUGUCUGAAGGCAAGAAGGUUCUGGUGACGGCAGCAGCUGGAGGAACGGGCCAGUUUGCUGUGCAGCUUGCGAAGAAGGCAAAAUGCCAUGUAAUUGGAACCUGCUCCAGUGAUGAAAAGGGUGGUUUUCUGAAAUCCAUUGGCUGCGACCGUACGAUCAACUAUAAAACUGAAAACGUCGGAUCUGUUCUUAGGAAGGACUACCCCGAAGGUGUGGACGUAGUGUAUGAAUCUGUUGGGGGAAAGAUGUUUGACUUGGCUCUGAACUCCUUGGCUACCAAAGGGCGCCUGAUAGUUAUUGGGUUUAUCGCUGGCUACCAAAACCCUACUGGCCUCCAGCCCGUUAAAGCAGAGUUAUUGCCAGCAAAACUGUUGAAGAAGUCUGCCAGCAUCCGGGGUUUCUUCUUGAACCAUUACCUUUCUGAGUGCAAAAUGGCUCUGAAGCACUUGAUCAAGAUGUAUGAAGGAGGAGACCUCAUUUGCGAGGUGGACUGUGGAGACAUGUCUCCGGAGGGCAAGUUCACGGGCUUGGAGUCUGUAUUCCGUGCUGUAGAUUACAUGUACAUGGGAAAAAACAUUGGAAAAAUUGUGGUUGAAUUACCUCACUCUGUCAACAGUAAGCUGUAAAAACAGAACAAUGAUAUAAAUCAGAAGAGAGAAAAUGGGCACUCUAUGCCUCGGAAUUACUAGUAACAAUUUCUUUUUUUAAGCUUAGUAAUGGAUAUUAUAUUAAAAAUCAGCAUUAAGGUGUUAAUAAAAAGUUUUGUGGGUUUUUUUUUUCUUUUCUUAAAGGUGCUUAAAUCGGUGGCUGUAGCACGGACUUUAUGGGCCUGUGUUUGGUUCUGUUGCUUAGGCUAGCAUGACGCAAGAACAAUGUUCUUGACAGAAUGAGUCUCGAUGCAGAGGCAGAUUUAGUCUGUCAGACUGGUUUGAUAAUACUUUAUAUAUAGUUCAGCUCAGGAAAAGAAAAUUCUUUCAGCAGUUUUGAUUCCCUGAUUUCAAAAAUAAAAUUGUUAGAACAAGACUAAUUAAAGAAUCAUAUCUUUUGGUUGCUCUAUUAAACUCUUGAAGUUUCUGGAAAAAAUUAUGAGCUUCAUUUUUUGUCACAAACACGGUAAUCAUAAUUCAGCUGCAUCACGGAUCAUAGUAAUAUUCCUUGACUGGUUACACAGGGAAUGUUUAUCCUCUAAUUCCAACAUGUCAGUAAUAUUAAGAAAAGCAACUUGACUUUUUUUUAAUUAUGUCUUUCGUAACUAUAACAACUAUGCAAUUUUCUUUUAUGCCUUUAACUACAAGUUGCAACAUAAUCUCAUGUUCUUGCCUUUUGAUUUGCUACUGUUACUGUUUACUGUCCGGUCUCCACUUUAGUCGGUAUUACAAGAUUAUUGCGGUGGGGUUUUGAGCCAUGUUCACGUGUGUUCAGGUCCUGUAUAUUUUUUUAAGAUUUAAUAAAGUUAAAAAAGC